UAGUUGACCUGGUAUCAAAAAAAAGAAUAUUAGAUGAUGUGUAUGUGUAGGAGGCUCUAGGAUAUAAUAUUGGAAUACAGCAAAUUGCUAACAGACAAAAAACAUUCUAAACUGCCUCAGGGUUAUUUAGGAAACAUCACUACCGGUUCCAAAUGGAGCAAAAGUCGGCAAAUAACGACACAAUCGCACGAAUCAAUGAACUUAGUAAAAUAAGGAAGGACAUUGAAGUUGAAAUGGAGGCACUUCUAAAUUAUCUAAACAGUGAAGAAUGCAAACACGUUGGCAUGAAAGGACCACUGGUUGAUGAAGAACAAUACCCGAGAAGCGACAUUGACAUCUGUGCGGUAAGAAACGCUCGACAUCGGAUCAAUUGCCUACAUACGGACUACAAAGAACUAGAAGAUAAGCUAGCACAGGCGCUACAUGAACUGCACAACAAGAAAGAUGUUGUAUAGUUCCAUGAGGUAUAUAGAGGCCAA